GUAAGUUGUCCUUGACUUUGUCCUCCACUAGCUUUUUCACAGCCCUCUGCAUCACACCGCACAUAUAGGACGCUGCCUCCUACGAACACAUACUUGAGCACCAGUAGCACCACUGACACAUAUAGAUCUAAAGACCAGGCAGUUUUACAAAAGGCUCACCAAACAACUGCACUUUACUGAAGACUCACCUUUGACUAAAUCCAUCUCAUCCAGACUUCCAACUAGAGCAUUGUUAUUCAUUGUUGGUGGAUGUCUGUAUUACAGUAUUUUCAAACUAACAGGCAAGUAGUUAUUGGGUUUAGAUAUGUUAGUCAAUGGAGAUUUAAGUCUGUGUGCUAACAGGGAUUUCCUGAACUAAAUAGAUGUGGCUAACCUUUGACCUUGGAACUUGAGAUCACUGGAUGUUGAAUUUCCAUUGUUUUUAAAUGCAACUGCCGUGUUGUGAGUUAUGACUGGAGCUUGUGAUGUGGGUCAAGAUUGCUUGCAUGUAGGAGCAGGAAUAGUGUAGUUAAAAGGCUUUUCUUACCUUGAUAAUAUGUUGGAGGGUUUGAGGUUUGUCUGAUGCCGGCAUCUCCUCACGUGAGCAGCACAUUUUUGAGUUUUUUUGAGAUUCUACCAAAUUACCAUUCAGUAGCUAACCUCAGUGACACAAUUAAAACCUUUCUGUGGACAAAUUUCAUGACAAACUGCUUUUUUUAUCAUGUGGGUGAAAAACAAGGUCUUGCUGUCACAAACAACGUCUGGUCACAAAAAAGCAAACAAUAUAUCCCCAUUCUUUUGAAGACUGCAGUCAUUCAGUUCAGUUUUAUUGCCAGACCAAGGUCCAUUCAAUAUGCAUUAUUUGUAUACUUUAAUUACCUAUCCGUAGUAGUUUUCCUUUGGGACAGAGUCAGGUUGAAUUGAAUUUUCAUUAUGGAUUAAUCUGAUUACUUUCUUGAUUAAUUGUGUACAUCCCAACCGUUACAUGACAAACAAGGAUUCACCGGAUAAUGAAAGUGAGCCCAAAGGUCAUUGAAUCACAAGCAACUGGACUUGUAGACUGUCUGUUUCUCUAUUAGAGCUUCUACCUAAAGUUUCAGUGCUUCUGUUGUGUGAUGAACUCGUCUCACCCGCUAAUUCAAGAGUUGGUUCUGUGCCUUCGCUAGGAUCUGCUUGCGUUGGCAGGAUCUAUGGUUGAUUGUUGGUGGUUCCUUUACUCUACAAUCUUCCUGCUUGUUCUGUCAAUCACCCGCACGCACCACACUGAGGGUGUUCCUCCGAAAAUGUUGUGCAAAAUGUCUGUGUAGAUUAAUUGCUCAGUAGCUAGCAAGUCAAGUUGCUACUGAUUCCAUUACUUUGAGAUAACUAUGACCUGGAUAAUACAAUCUACACAGACAUGGGGUGUUGACGAUAAAAACUGGGUCAGUGCUCUGUUUGCAUAUCAUUUUUAUAAUGAGAAAACAACUUUGGUAAUUUGAGUAUUACUUCUCCAACAUUGCUCUUGCUGUCUAUCUUAUAUGUAAAAGGCAAUAAUUCUCUUUUUUUUUCUUUUGUGUGGUUGCAAAUGUACACACCAUUAUUGUAACUUGUGUCGCAAUUUUAAUAAAGUAGCUGCUAACAAUGUCUGUCAGUGAUUAACUGGUGCCAUGUUUAGGACUUUCAUAUUGCCACAUCCAAACCUUCCAGAUAUAAACAGACCUUAUUAAGCUUUAUGUGCCUUAUGCUCUGGGGAAAUCAAGAAGAAGAGUGGAGUACAGAAAAAGCCAUGUAUUUAUGAGCAAGGAGGUUGUUGAUAUAUCAUGUAGUUUAAAUAACCCCUGAUGAGCUCAUCCAUCCAUCUAUUAGCUGCAUCUGCUUAUCCUGGGGGAUGCGUGGGGAGAUUUCUCCAGCUGACAGUGGAUAGGAGAAAGGGGUGGGUACACUCUGGACAGUUCCACAGUCAAUCCCUGUGGGAGGAAACAAGAUUACACAGAGAAAACUCUUGCAUAUGGAAAACAUAAAAUCUAUGAAAGCAUCAAUCACUGUGCUGCACUGAUUUGACUCAGCAGGUGACUGAUUGAUUGAUGGCAUGUUGCAAUAUUUGACAAAUGUUUCAGCGUGCCUGAACUGUUUUGUACGCACAACGUUCAGUGUUUAUUUUGAGCUUGCAUCUUGAUAUCAUUUGCAAGCAUCGUGCCUCACUACUGUCUCGCUGACUCACUCGCGCACACAGAGGCAUACUGUGACAUCAUUAGUGGGCUUGCUUCUCUCCUCCAAUCCAAUCAUCUUCCUCUUGUUUGUUUCCUCAUGUAUUCUUGUACCCCUCUUCUUUUGUCAUGCUACCUUGUCUUAAUACAAUGAGGAAUCAUCUUGGGGCAUGGAUGUGACAAGGAAGUUUUACCCUGCUGCUCCUGCCCACCCCCAACUCUGUCCCCCCCACCCCCUGUCCUGACUGGAUCCCUGCGCUGCCAGCGGUGAAUUGGAGCACUGAUCGAAGGCUUUGCAAGGUGGUUUUUCGGUCUGGCGCCGCCUCCCCCUGGGGCCGGCGUGCGUUCCCAGCAGCCCGUGGUGCCCUGUGCCCCCCCCUCCCCUUCACUACACAAUAGAGCCCAUGCCCAGGGAGGAGGUGCAGUGCGUCCGCCAGGAGCCAUGUGCCUCCCUCACACCAUCAACAUGGACAACAAGCUACAGGGUGCUGGACAGGGGGGAGGGUAUUCACUUCGAACACAAGAUGGAGGCGUUCCACUGGAGCCCUUUAUACACCAAGUCGGAGGUCACACUAGCAUGAUGCGUUACGAUGACCACACAGUGUGUAAACCUCUGAUCAUCAGAGAGCAGCGCUUCUACGAGUCUCUGCCUCCGGAGAUGAAGGAGUUCACACCAGAAUAUAAAGGGGUAGUGCUGGUUUGUUUUGAAGGAGAUUCUGAUGGCUAUAUCAACUUGGUGGCCUACCCUUAUGUGGAGAGUAACGCUGAGGGAGGAAUUACAGAGCACGAAGAUCGUGAUCCCCCCGAGAGGGAGCAGCCGAGGAGGAAACACUCCCGCCGCAGCCUCCAUCGGUCGUCCUCCUCUUCUGAACACAAGGAUGAACGACCUGACAGGAGGGAGUCACACGAGACUGACGCUGUCUCUGAUAAUCUAGUAGAGCUGAAGAGUCCCACGCUCAACCCAAAGAUCCACUCGGAUGUUCCCUUCCAGAUGUUGGACUGGAACAGUGGUUUGACAUCAGAGAAGAUCAGCCAUAACCCCUGGAGCCUCCGCUGUCACAAACAGCAGCUUAGCCGCAUGAGAUCUGAAUCCAAGGACCGAAAACUCUUCAAGUUCCUGUUGUUGGAGAAUGUGGUCCACCACUUCUCAUACCCCUGCAUCCUGGACCUGAAGAUGGGAACCAGGCAGCACGGAGAUGACGCAUCUGAGGAGAAGGCGGCCAGGCAGAUGAAGAAAUGUGAACAGAGCACUUCAGCAACUCUGGGAGUCAGAGUGUGUGGCAUGCAGGUGUACCAACUCAACACCGGUCACUACCUCUGCAGGAGCAAGUAUUAUGGCCGUGGUUUGUCGAUUGAAGGCUUCCGCCAGGCCCUGUACCAGUAUAUGCACAAUGGAAAGGGCCUGAGGCAUGAUCUCUUGGAGCCAAUCCUAAAUAAGCUUCGCAGCCUGAAGGCAGUGAUAGAAAGGCAGGCAUCAUAUCGAUUUUACUCAUCUUCACUGCUCAUCAUCUAUGAGGGAAAGGAAAGUGAGGGCCCCUCAGUCCUCGGCUCUGGGCAGCACGAAGCUCGGCAACAGAAGACUCCUGUGGCUCUUGCAGAAUCUGGGCCUGGUCCCUUCACUCCCCCAGCCUCUGACACUCCCUGUGAAACGGACAUGAGCCAGAGCCCAGACCUGGGGUCUCUGUCCUCUCGAGGUUCUGGACUGAUGGCUUCACCCUCCCCCACCCCUCACCCACAACCACUCCCAACCACCACGUCAGACUGUCAGGUCCCCCCUAAACCCUCGCCUCGCCCCCAUCCAGACUCCUCCUCUGCACCCAGUUCAACGCCCCUCCCUCCUCCCCCUGCCCCCCAGCCCAAACGGCCCCCCGUCGUGGAUGUUCAUAUGAUCGACUUCGCCCACUCAACUUUCAAGGGUUUCCGUGGAGACACAGCAGUACACGAUGGGCCAGACCUGGGCUACAUGUUUGGACUGGAGAGCCUGAUCCACAUCCUAGAGAGCCUGCAAGAUGGCAACCUGCCGUAGCACCACGCACACACACACACACACACACACUCUCACACACUCUCGGAUAAACAUCCCACACACUACUUUUUGUAAGUUAGUUUAGGUCAUUUUGCUGAGAUGUCUCGGCUGUAAAUUUUGAACAGGGUUCUCCAGGACGUCACCAUGGAAACAUGGGCAUUCUACAGUCAAGUAGUUUCUAUAGCAACAAGCAGAAGGUGGGACAGUGGAGCUGAUAUGGAAAACCACUCCCUAAUACUCACUGGUUGUACAUGUGUACUUGUGAGGACCCUCACUGUUUUUCUCACCCAACUUGGUUUCUACUCCACGUCCCCAGUUUGAGCACCUGAACCGAAACUGAACUCAAACUCCAACUGAAACUGAAACUUAUAUUCCCUCUCUACAUGAAAAUGCAUGUUACACCCCAUACUGACAGGAUUUGGAUAAAACUAUUGUUCGUCACAGACAUGGAGGUCACUUAGGACUAUUAAAUUAAAGAAGUAUUA